AUGGCCAGCCGUGCCUUCGUUCUUCUGCUGCUCGUCGCCUAUGUCGGUGCCCAGGCCAACAAGAAACUGAUCGCCGGUCUCAAACCCAAAGGCGGGGCCUGCAGUAAGAAAUGUCCGCCCAACAACGUUUGCGAAGAGCAAAUUUGCCACGUCUGUGUCCCAGAGGCCCCCACCUGUAAAACCUGGGAAUGCAAAGAUAAUGAGAAGUGCGAGGAUAGACCAACCGGUCCUGUGUGCGUCAGACUGACCUGUGCCGACAUUUUUUGUGCUGCCGGUGAACUCUGCAACGAGCUGCCCGAUGGGCCGGACUGCGUACCAGAUGUGCCCACGUGCGAGGGCUUCUACUGCCGUCGCGGUACCAACUGCUACGUCCGUAACGGCUCUCCCAUCUGUCUGCCCAACACGUGCGAAGUGCGUGUCUGCGAGGGUGGUCUGACCUGCGUCGACACGCCCAACGGUGCCCUCUGUCGGCGUGGAAAAAAGACUCCUGGCUGCAAAGGCAAGUACUGCCCGGAAAACUCUAAGUGCAUCGAGACGCCAGAGAAAGGAGCUCACUGCGUCAAGAUCUAG